AUGGCGCCGUCCUCCGCUCCGGGUGGCUCGGAGCCCCCCCCGCCGCCACUGCAGUACAGCCUGCUGCUGCAGCACCUGGUGGGCGAGCAGCGGCGGCCCCGCGCCUUGGACCCCGCGGCUCUCGGCGGCAUCCCCAGCCCGCCCAAGAGCGAGGAGCAGAAGAUGGUGGAGCGGGCCAUGGAGAGCUGCGCCUUCAAGGCGGUGCUGGCCUGCGUGGGAGGAUUUGUUCUGGGAGGUGCAUUUGGUGUCUUCACUGCUGGCAUUGACACCAACGUUGGGUUUGAUCCCAAGGAUCCAUAUCGUACACCGACUGCAAAAGAGGUCCUCAAAGAUAUGGGGCAGAGAGGCAUAUCCUAUGCAAAAAACUUUGCCAUUGUGGGUGCCAUGUUCUCCUGCACUGAAUGUGUGGUGGAAUCUUAUCGUGGAAAGUCAGACUGGAAGAACAGUGUCAUUAGUGGCUGCAUCACAGGAGGAGCAAUCGGCUUCAGAGCUGGUUUGAAGGCCGGGGUUAUCGGCUGCGGCGGAUUUGCCGCUUUCUCCGCUGCCAUCGAUUACUACCUACGGUAGCAGUGGGAUCCCCUGGGAGCAAGUUUCCCUUGUGCUCCAGUGCUGCUGCUAAGAGCCUGCACCAUGGCUGAAGAACCACCAGGCUUACCUUUCCACUGCCUCUGGAGUCCUGAUCAGUGCAAGCUGGAUGGCGUUGGCUGCUUUUCCUGAAUGACUAACAACGAUCUGGCUCUGAGCCCUGGCCUGCUGCUUGGGGCAGGCUUGCAGGAGGACGCGAGGCCAGAGCCCAGGCGCAGCGAGCAGUAUCUCCAGGAUGGAUCAGCUGACUGUCCGUUUCCAGGAAACAAGCCUGGACUCUGGGCUUUCUUGAUCCUCAAGGUCUGAUUUUGAUUAAGUCUGUUGCUAGCAUCAAAAGAGGCAGGAGGACACUCUUCAAACAGACCCGCAGCGAUUUAGGUUACCGUGCAGCUGAACGCACUGCCAGCGUUCAAGUUGUCGGUUUGCAGCUUGCUAAUCUGUUGGGGAGAGGUAAGAUCCUGUGGAGAAAUUAGUUUGUUCCAGGCUUUUCUUAAAAUACCAGCUGAAGACAAACCACCAUCUGUACAACUUGUCUUAUUUCAAGUACAGAGAUGAGAGCCAGAUUUCUGUACCACGUCUUAAAGGGAAACGCUAAAAGGAAUCCUUAGCCUCAGAACCGUGUGGUUACUGGCAGAUGAACAAAACAGUUUGAGGGGAAAAA